AUGUCCGACCGUGAUGACUUCGCGGACCUCAGAGCGGCUCAGGCUGUCGCGGACUCCACAUUCCACCGGGACAAGCUCCUCCUGUGCGUCGCUUUAAACAGCCGCCAACAUGUCUGACGACGAGGAACAAUACUCGGGUAGGGCGUCCCAAAAGGAAUCUGGCGAGAAUCCUGAGUUUAUGAAGAGGCAAGAACAGAAAAGAAGCGACCUCGACGAACAGCUCAAAGAAUACAUUGCGGAAUGGCGAAAACAGAGAGCCAAGGAGGAGGAGGAGUUGAAGAAAUUAAAGGAGAAGCAAGCCAAGCGCAAGGUCACCCGUGCAGACGAGGAGAAGAGAUUGGCUCAGAAGAAGAAGGAGGAGGAGGAACGUCGCCAACGUGAAAUCGAGGAGAAAAAACAACGUGACAUCGAAGAGAAGAGGAGGCGCCUGGAAGAAUCGGAAAAGAAGCGACAGGCUAUGAUGCAAGCGAUGAAAGACCAGAGCAAAGCAAAGGGUCCAAACUUUACCAUCACUAAGAAAGAUCUUUCGGGUAAUCUUACGUCGGCUCAACUUGAACGUAACAAGACAAAAGAACAGCUUGAGGAGGAGAAGAAAAUUUCCCUUAGCAUUCGCAUCAAGCCGUUGGAAAUCGAAGGUCUGUCGAUUGACAAGCUUCGUGGCAAGGCUACCGAAUUGUGGGAGGCCAUAGUCAAACUUGAAACCGAAAAGUACGAUUUGGAGGAGCGACAAAAGCGUCAGGACUACGAUCUUAAAGAGCUGAAGGAACGUCAGAAGCAACAACUGAGGCACAAAGCCUUGAAAAAGGGUCUCGAUCCCGAGGCUUUAACUGGCAAAUAUCCCCCGAAAAUCCAAGUCGCCUCCAAGUACGAACGUCGCGUCGAUACCAGGUCUUACGAUGACAAGAAGAAACUUUUUGAGGGUGGUCUGACCGAACAGCAGAAGGAGAUCAUCGAGAAGAUGUGGGCCCAACAAAAGGAGCAGUUUAUGGGUCGUCAGAAGACGAAAUUACCUAAGUGGUUCGGUGAGAGACCAGGCAAGAAGGUUGGUGAUCCCGAAUCACCGGAGGGCGAGGAAGACGUGAAGGCCGCCGUCGACGAUGAUCUCGAGCCACAAUUCGACGAAGAAGAGGAGGAGGAGGUGAAGGAAGAGGAGGAGGAGGUUGAAGAGGAGGAAGAGGAGGAGGAGGAAGAGGAGGAAGAGGAGGAGGAGGAAGAAGAGGAGGAGGAAGAGGAGGAAUAAAUCUUCUGGCUGCUUCGGUGCACCUUUAUGGAUGUUAAGGAAUAAAGGAUGUAAAGGCGUAUCUCAAAAAUUUCAAGAAAUGAUCGUUGCACAGUCUCGUUAACACUUUUCGAACAAAGAUCGAAGCGUAGUCAGUGGCCAAGUCGGUAGAAAUGCCUACAACGUUGACGUUUUCCAUCUACUUCCGGUAACCGUCGGGCUCCUCCUCGAGAUUCAAAGUGGACGAGAUGAACGACGGAUGCUACUUCUGUAGUAAAAACCAUUUUACUAUUGUCACUUGUACGGCUGCUACUGCUACUCUACUAUUAUCUAUUAUUAAACUACUACUACUCUUA